AAAAUAUUUUCUACUCUCAUAGACGGUUAUCACACACCCCUAUACGAAACCCAUUUGAUUCUCUGACAAUGUCUUCCCAAUCCUUGCUCUGCCUGCUGGCAGAAAAGAAGGGCGCGUUAUCCGAGCGCCUGCCUGCACUAAUGGGGCUCCAAAUGGUCAUGCUUUCGUUACAUCCGGUUUCUUUCGAAGUACAAUCACCCACGCUCUCCAUCUUUCUUUCUUUAAGCCGUCGCUAUGCGGAUUCCUGCGCUAAGUCAAUCUAGUUCCUGGGAUCUGUCUCAACCUCUCUGGAGAGUAUCAGUAUAUAUGUGUGCUGCAUUGUUUUUCUACUUCUACCCCAAAAGAGGAAAGAGGAAGAAGAGGAUCAUUGAGAGGUGCGGAUGAUCUAGUGUUUGCGGCGGAGAAUUUGGCUGUUUCCGGCUUAUUUUAGCCGGAGGUAAAUCUACCUCAAGUGACUCUGUGUUGAGGACAUGGAAGCUACUAUGGAUGAUACUUCACUUGAAGCUAUUAAACAGGAGGCUGUUGAUUUGGAAAAUGUACCAGUUGAAGAGGUUUUUGAGCACUUGAAAUGUACGAAGGAAGGUUUAAACUCUGAUGGCGUUCAGAAGCGACUCGCUGUGUUUGGCCAUAAUAAGCUUGAAGAAAAGAAUGAAAAUAAAAUUCUCAAGUUUUUGGGUUUUAUGUGGAAUCCAUUAUCUUGGGUCAUGGAAGCUGCAGCUAUCAUUGCAAUUGCUCUUGCACAUGGAGGACGUGAUUUACGAGGAGAGAAGAGAGAAAUUGAUUACCAUGACUUUGUUGGAAUUUUGAUUCUACUCAUCAUUAAUUCGACAAUCAGUUUCAUCGAAGAAAAUAAUGCUGGUAAUGCUGCUGCUGCACUAAUGUCUCGACUGGCCCCAAAAGCCAAGGUUCUACGAGAUGAUAAAUGGAGCGAGAUAGAUGCUUCACUUUUGGUUCCAGGUGAUAUAAUCAGUAUUAAACUUGGUGAUCCUGCUGAUGGACGUCUUCUUCAAGGAGAUCCUCUGAAAAUUGAUCAGUCUGCUCUUACGGGAGAAUCCCUGCCGGUAACUAAGUACCCCGGUGAUGCUGUAUACUCAGGCUCAACUUGCAAGCAAGGAGAAAUAGAAGCAGUAGUAAUUGCUACUGGAGUCCAUACUUUCUUUGGCAAAGCAGCUCAUCUUGUGGAUUCCACUACACAUGUUGGUCAUUUUCAGAAGGUUUUAGCCGCCAUAGGGAACUUCUGUAUAUGCUCGAUUGCUUUUGGAAUUGUUAUUGAUAUAAUAGUGAUGUGUGGAGUGCAUGAAAGGAAGUAUAGAACUGUUGUUGAUAAUAUUCUUGUUUUGCUUAUUGGUGGCAUCCCGAUUGCCAUGCCUACAGUCCUUUCCGUCACAAUGGCUAUUGGAUCACAUCGUUUGUCUCAACAGGGUGCCAUAACAAAAAGGAUGACUGCUAUAGAAGAAAUGGCUGGGAUGGAUGUUCUUUGCAGUGAUAAAACAGGAACCUUAACUCUUAACAAGCUCACUGUCGAUAAGAAUUUGAUUGAGGUCUUUGCCAAAGGUUAUGACAAGGAUUUAGUAGUUUUAAUGGCUGCAAGGGCAUCAAGGCUUGAGAAUCAGGACGCUAUUGAUGCCGCAAUUAUAUCCAUGUUGCCAGACCUGAAAGAGGCACGUGGUGGUAUUCAAGAGGUUCACUUCCUUCCUUUCAACCCGACUGACAAGAGAACGGCUCUCACAUACUUAGAUGCUGAUGGUAAAAUGCAUAGGACAAGCAAAGGUGCACCAGAGCAGAUUCUGAAUCUUUCAUGGAACAAGUCAGAAAUUGAAAACAAAGUGCAUGCGAUUAUUGACAAAUUUGCUGAAAGAGGGCUUCGUUCGCUUGCUGUUGCCUAUCAGGCUGUACCUGCUGGUUCAAAGGAUUCUCCUGGGGGACCAUGGGAGUUUGUUGGACUUCUCCCACUGUUUGAUCCUCCUCGCCAUGAUAGUGCUGAAACGAUUCGAAGGGCUCUGAAUCUGGGAGUUAGCGUCAAGAUGAUCACAGGUGAUCAGUUGGCCAUUGCCAAGGAAACCGGUCGAAGGCUUGGAAUGGGCACGAAUAUGUACCCAUCAUCAUCUUUAUUAGGCGAGACUAAGGAUCAAGAUGCUGUUGGUCUUCCUAUUGAUGAGCUCAUCGAACAGGCUGAUGGUUUUGCUGGAGUUUUUCCAGAGCACAAGUAUGAAAUUGUGAGGAAACUUCAGGCUAGGAAGCAUAUCUGUGGGAUGACUGGUGAUGGUGUCAACGACGCACCUGCACUUAAAAAGGCAGAUAUAGGUAUUGCUGUAGCUGAUUCCACUGAUGCUGCGCGGAGUGCUUCAGACAUAGUUCUUACGGAACCUGGGUUAAGCGUAAUAAUUAGUGCUGUUUUAACAAGUCGUGCAAUUUUUCAGAGGAUGAAGAACUAUACGAUAUAUGCUGUUUCAAUCACCGUCCGUAUUGUGAUUGGAUUUAUGCUGCUGAACGUCUUCUGGAAAUUUGAUUUUCCUCCAUUCAUGGUUCUUGUAAUUGCAAUUCUGAAUGAUGGAACCAUCAUGACUAUUUCCAAGGACAGGGUCCGACCUUCACCGCUACCUGAUAAGUGGAACCUCACCGAAAUUUUUGCAACUGGAUUGGCUCUUGGAAUCUAUCUUGGUCUCAGCACUGUUCUAUUCUAUUAUGCAGCUCAUCAGACCGACUUUUUUGAGAAAAUAUUCAAGGUGAAGAACUUCAACAAGAACAAUAUAAACCCACAAGAUAACUCCGCUCUCUUCUAUAAUUCGCAAGAGUUGGCUUCGGCUGUAUACCUACAAGUCAGCACCAUUAGCCAGGCUUUAAUCUUCGUGACGCGCUCCAGAAGUUGGUCUUUCUUGGAAAGACCUGGUCUUCUUCUCGUCGCCGCAUUUUUUAUCGCUCAACUGAUUGCGAGUGUGUUAACUGCCGUUGCUGACUGGGACUUCGCCGGAAUCAGAGGAAUUGGUUGGGGUUGGACAGGAGUUAUCUGGAUUUAUAAUAUUGUUGUCUACUUACUGCUUGAUCCAAUCAAAAUUGGAGUUCGAUAUGCCAUGAGUGGGAGAGCCUGGAACUUGGUCCUGGAUAAUAAGAUGGCCUUCACAAGAAAGAACGACUUUGGUCGCGAAGCUCGUAAAGCCGCAUGGGCUCUUGAGCAGCGUACGCUUCAUGGCCUUCAGACUGCAGAACCAAAGUUCUCCCGUACAUUCUCUGAUAUUAAUCAGAUGGCUGAAGAAGCCAGAAAACGUGCAGAGAUAGAGAGGUUGAGGGAGCUGUCAACGUUGAAAGCGAAGGUGGAAACUGCGGCCAAAUUGAAGGGCUUAGACAUUGAUGAUAACUACAACCAGCACUACACUCUGUGAUUGAUGGAAUGUUGAAGAACAUUCUUUGCUUGUUUUAGAUGUUUUCAUGUAUUGUUUUAAGUUGUGUGAUUUUUUGUUUUUUUUCAUAUAAGAAUUCUAUUAUUGUUUUUUUCUUAUCUUUUUUAAUAAAUAAAUUAAAGUAUUUGUUAUAUGUAGAGCUAAAGUUCUGGUAGAUAAAGUUUGUAAAUUGAA